GGCUCUCCCUGCGCUCAGCUGCCGGGCGAGCGCCUACAUGGCUGGUGUGACAGCGGCGGCACACGGGAGCGGCGAUGACACGCCGUUAGCCCUACAGCUGGGAGACAGGCAGCCAGGCAGGCACCGCUCCAGGGACUAAAAUGAUCCUGCCCUGAGACAGCCUGCAGUGCCUCCCAAAGUGGCUGGCUACUACACAGGAGCCGGGCUUUCUUUGCAAUUAACUCCAGUUCCCCCCCCACCUGGGGGUGACUGCAGUGUGUGUGUGUGCUCCGCUUGGUUUUUUAUUUGCCUUUUUUGGCUUUUUUUUUUUUUUUUUCCCCCUCCUCUCCACCACCACCACCCGUCUCCCUCUCUUUCUCCUCCCGUGUCCUUCUCUCCAGGAUGGCGGAAGCAGAGUUGCACAAGGAAAGGCUCCAAGCCAUAGCAGAGAAAAGGAAAAGGCAGACAGAAAUAGAAGGCAAGAGACAACAGCUUGAGGACCAGAUACUUCAGCUGCAGCAUUUCAAGUCAAAAGCUCUUCGGGAAAAAUGGCUGCUACAGGGAAUUCCUGCUGGCUCCGCAGAAGAGGAAGAAGCCAGAAGGAAGCAGUCAGAAGAGAAUGAGCUGAAGGUGAAAAAGCUGGAGGAAAACAUACACAGGCUGGAACAAGAAAUACAGAAACUAGAAAGUGAGGAAUCCCAAAUAUCUGCCAAAGAACAAAUCAUUUUGGAGAAACUAAAGGAGACAGAGAAAUCCUUCGACAACUUGCAAAAGAGUUUCUCACACCAGGACGGUGAUGCAGUAAAUUACAUUUACUCCCAGAUCCCUGAACUCCCAACCCUCUAUUCACGAACAGCAGAGCCAGUUCCUGGGCGGGACGGAGCAAGCAGAGUAGCUGCUUUGUGCACCAUGGAAAUAAAUGUGGAGAAAGACAAACAGACAGGAGAGACCAAGAUUGUCUCUGCUUCACCUAUUGGCCCAGAUGAGGCCCAUCAAAGAGGAUUCAAAGUCUAUGAUGAUGGUACCAAGGUAGUCUAUGAGGUUCACUCUGGUGGCACAGUAGUAGAAAAUGGAGUACAUAAAUUAAGCUCAAAGGACGUAGAUGAACUUAUGCAAAAAGCUGGACAAUCAAGUGUAAAAGGAGGGUAUGAAACAAUGACUGUGUCAGAGAGAAAUGCGGUAGCCGAUGGAAACCUUAGCCAUAUGAAGGAGCAAAUGCUCUUCAAGGAGGCAAAGCUGGAAAUGGUACACAAACCCAGUAAAGGGCAUGCUGUGAUCCCUCAGCCCCAAGACAAACCCUGUGGUGGCGAAGCCCUGGAGGCCAGCGCAGAUCAGCCAGUAACAAUGAUAUUUAUGGGCUACCAGAACAUCGAUGAUGAAGAGGAGACGAAGAAAGUGCUGGGCUAUGACGAGACCAUCAAGGCAGAGCUGGUCCUCAUCGAUGAAGACGACGAGAAGUCGUUGCGGGAGAAGACGGUGACGGACGUCUCCACCAUGGAUGGGAAUGCCGCUGAGCUGGUCUCUGGCAGGCCCCUGUCGGACACGACAGAGCCCUCCUCUCCCGAGGGGAAGGAAGAGAGCCUGCCCUUGGAAGCUGCCCCAGGCGCAGGAGGAUCGGAUAUGCUGCCGAGGGACCCGCCGGGACCGUGCUCCUGUGAAAGUCCCGAAGCUGAGGAGGGUGCAGGGAAAUCUUCCAGAAUCCCUGAGGAUGACAUCAGGUUGAGAAAAAACAGAGACCAAAACUGUGCCAAUUUCUUGGAGCCAGCUACUGUGCUUGCUACAAAGGAAGAGAAAAUGGAAAUUGAAGUUCCAGUUUCUGAACAUAAAAGCAUCACCACAGUGGCUUCACCACAUCCCAUAGACAAUCCAACCCACUUCUUUUCCCCUGCUGCCAGCCACAAUGGACUUAAGGACAGGCAUGAAUCUCUAGACAGUGAAGUUGCUAAAGAGAUCAGAUACCUAGAUGAAGUGCUGGAGGCAAAUUGCUGUGAUUCCGCUACAGAUAAUACCUUUAAUGGGACAUCGUCCCCUGAACCAAGUGCAGUCUCCAUUAUGGACAGCUCAGGAGCAUCUGUUAAUGUCAAUAAUGAUUCAGUACCCAGCGAACAGGAAGAAGAUGUAGCCAACAAGCAGGCACCCUUGGUUGUUGAACCACGUGAGGGUAGCAUAACAGAUGAGAACCUGAAAUCUAAUGGCCAUUCCUUGGGUGGACUGAAGGAAGACACUAGGGAAAGUCUGAAGGUGCCAGGAAGUCCCACUUCUUCAAACAGUUCUAGAAGAAGCUCUAAGGAUGGAGAAACAACUCUUACAACCCUUAAGAAAGAGGCUAAGUUUGAACUACGAGCCUUCCACGAAGACAAAAAGCCCUCAAAGCUCUUUGAAGAUGAGGAAGAGAAGGAAAAAUACAGGGUUCGCAAAGUGAGACCAUCAGAGGAAAUGAUGGAACUUGAAAAGGAAAGAAGGGAACUCAUUAAAAGCCAGGCUGUCAAGAAAAACCCCAACAUUGCCGCCAAAUGGUGGAACCCUCCCCAGGAGAAGACCCUGGAGGAUCAACUGGAUGAAGAGCACCUGGAGUCCCACAAGAAGUACAAGGAGCGCAAGGAGAGACAGCAGCAGCAGGGUGCAACACCAACAUCCCCCAAACAGAUCAGCUACUCCUUUGUGCCACCAGAGCCGGUCAAUGUCAAGAAAGAGGAUAUUGUCACAGAGCAGAUUGACUUCUCAGCUGCCAGAAAGCAAUUCCAGCUGAUGGAGCAUUCAGGUCCAUCUCAGGGUCAGGCCCCACCGAGGCGGUCAGGAACACCCAAAAUGUUCUCCAUCAAACCCUUCUACAAAAGCCUCAAUUCUCCAAAUGUAGACAGGCCACUGUCCUCUGUGACAAGACCCGUUUCAGUGUGUGGGCAAACAGGACAGCUUGAGGGUAACAAUGCCACUGUUGUCAAAGCACAGAAGGUCUCCUGUAGCUCAGAAGAUGAUACAAGUGCUCAGACUACCACUGCUGACCCAGUAAGAGAGUUACGGUGCAGUGAUAGCCCCCGAGCUGGACAGGGCUCAAAACUGUGGGCAGAGGAUGGAGAAUUCAUGAGUGCAAAAGCCAUCUUCACAGUGGUGAAGGAUGAUGGACAGGGUGUGCUAGACCAGCUCCCAAAGUCAGCCAGCGCUUCUUCCCCUCCAGAGGAGCUUGAUUCUGGUUUGGAUGACUUGUCUGUCAGGUCUCAGGAUACCACUGUCCUGGAGACCCUUUCCAAUGACUUCAGCAUGGAUAACAUCAGCGACAGUGGUGCCUCCAAUGAGACCAUGAGCGCCCUGCAGGAAAGCUCGCUGGCUGAUUUCUCCCUGCCACAGACCCCACAGGCCGACACUCCAGCAGAGUGCAGGGGCGAAGGCAUCUCCAAGUCGUUCAGCGACCUGGGCUGUGACUCUCUCUCCUCAGCCAUGGCAGACUCCAUGCUGAUUGAUGACCAGCUGGAGUACCACGCUGGCCUGCUGGUUCAAAACGCCAUCCAACAAGCCAUAGCCGAGCAGGCAGAUAAGGCAAACUGCAAGGAAGAAGAAACCCCAUCAGGGAAGGAGAUCUCAGUCAAAGAGCAGCCAGCCACCACCAGGCCAGCUCCAGCCUCCAAGGAGCAGCAGAACCCAAUGUUCGCGCCACCCCAGGUGUCAUCACCAGUUCAAGAAAAAAGGGACACCAUACCAAAGACUUCAAAAGAAGACGACUCAGGACUCAGGGAAGGGAAGAGUUCGCAGCAGUCACCUGUGUACUCAGCCAGCCAGCCAUUCCUUGUGGAGGAAAACAGGCAUGAAGUCAGCUAUUUCAGCAAGUACUCAGAGGCAGCUGAGUUGAGGAGCACCGCCUCCAUCCUGGCCACGCAGGAGCCUGAAGUGACCGUGGGCCCUUUCAAGUUACGGUCAAGGAAGCAGCGGACUUUGUCGAUGAUAGAAGAAGAGAUCAGAGCUGCCCAGGAGCGAGAGGAGGAGCUGAAGAGGCAGCGCCAAGGUCUGCAGGUGGCAUCGAGCCCUGUUGUGAAGAGCGCACCACCCAUGCCCACCAGAACCGUGUCUUACAAAACCGCACCAGGAAAGAUAGAGAAGAUCAAGCCUCCUCCAUCCCCCACCACAGAAGGACACGUCUCACAGUCUGACCCAGCGUCUGAGGAGCCUGCAGGAGCCCAGCGACCCAAGAACCUGAUGCAGACCCUCAUGGAGGAUUAUGAAACACACAAAACUAAGAGACGAGAAAGGAUGGACGACAGCAGUUACACCUGUAAAUUACUGUCUAGCAAGGUUACUUCUGAGGUCCUGGAGGCCACCAGGGUGAACCGCAGAAAGAGUGCUCUGGCGCUGCGUUGGGAAGCCGGCAUUUAUGCCAACCGGGAGGAGGACGAAUAACCACCUUGCAGCGUGAAGAACAGUGACGAGGCAUGCCGAAACCAAAAAAAAAAAAAAAAAAAAAAAAAAAAAAAAAAAGAAAGAGAGAAAGGAAGGAAGGAAGGAAAAAAAAAAUAUCAAACACAAAAACCACCACGAAAGCAGCAGCAGCAGCAUUUUUAGUCCAAUAUUUAUUAAACACACAACAAACUCAGUGAUGCACAUAGACACAGAAAAUGAUCCGACUCCUGGCAAUCCUAAAACAACAACAGGAAAACCCCACCUAGAAAAUACGCCCUUCUCCUUUUCUCCAUCCCCUCCUCUGAAGUGGUGCGAGGGGGAGGGUGCAGGGGGUGGGAGCCAUCGCGGCGUUGAGGGGGGACAGGGACGGUUGUCCCCACACAGUGGAGAGGCUGCAGGUAUAUGGUUGGAGGUCAGCGUGGAGAAGCCUGCAGAGCUGGGGCUCAGGCUGGUGCUUCCUGCUAGCCAAGUUGACCACUCUGCCUUGCCCCCGGGACCACCAUCUGUCUGUCUGUGUCCCCCCUCCCCAGCAGCUCCCUCCCAUCGGAUGCUCCUGCGGGUCCUUCGCCUCCCAACGCCGCGCCGAGACCGACAGCGUUACCCCGGCACGCUCUGUCCAGCCACAAAACACCACGUGGCCCUCUCGUUGCUAUUUCUUUGAGGGCCCUGCAGGGUUGGGGUUUGGGAUUAGGGUGGGUUUUUUUUAGGGGAGUGGGUUCUGCUCCCCCUUCUAGUAAUUUAUCUGUUUAAAUGGGAAAAAAAAAAAAAAACAAAAAACAAAAAAACACCGAUAAAAAAACAACAACAGGGAGGCAGUUAUUGCAAAUGUACAAUCCAGUAGACUCAGUAAAACAGUCCUUGUGUUGCAAACACAAGCCAUCACAAUUUAGGAGUGGAAUAGAUGGGGAUGAGAGCUAAGCCAAAUGGAUUAACUUAGCUUUAGGAUCCUAUACGCUUGCAAUAUCACCUGAGCUCCAGGUUCUCAGAGCAUAUUUACGUAACAAAGUUUCUAAAUAGAAAAUCUGUAUUUAGCGGAUGACAACUAUUUUUUGAUGGUGGGGAGGGAAAAGAGUGGCAUAUGUGUAAAAUCUAUGAAGAUGGAUGAUUUGAAGUAGAAAGGUAGUGGGAAAGGGAUACAAAUAAAGGACAUUUAAUUUUUAAAUGACGCAAUAAUUGAACUAAGCCAGACUCUGGCCUAGAAAGAGGUAUGAAAUAAAGAAGGAAGAUAGUUAACGUCUUCAACUAUAUUUAUACAACAUAAAAAGCCUUUGAAGUAGAGUGCUUUGUGGAAGGCUUCACGUUUCCAGGCAACAUAAAAGCUAAAGGGCAUAAAGAGCUGCGAGGAGCGAGCAAGGGAGAGCAAGACAAGGGAAGAAAACAUCACUUUUACCAUUCAACCAGUGUUUUCAGUGCUACAAGCAAACCGUAGAGCCUUUAGUUACUGCUUAGGCUUGGGAUCAGCAGUGAAGGAUUAGUGUGGAUCUGUGUGUGCGUGUGUGUGUGCGUGUGUGCUGGUGUGAGUGCAGGCGUGUGCGUGGGGCUGGCAUACCAGAAAGGGUAUUCCAGUGCGUGUGCUGAUUAUUUUCUCCAGAGCUGUUUACCAGCUGUAGGGGUGAGUGCUAAUUUCUUUUGGUUGUUUUGUUUUCGUUUUGUUUUUUUUUUUUUUUUUUUUUUUUUUUUUUUUUUUUUCUCAAAGGGGAUAUAAAAACAAGGCACUGAGUUAAUGCAGUAUUUGUGAUAUUAAAAUUUGACCCAACAUGGUAUUUGCAUGAGUCACAAUUGCAAAGUAUUGACCAGUUUUGUAAGCUGACAAUUAGGAAAAGAAAUGUGGUAUUUAUUCUUGUGCUUUGUAUUUGUACGUAGUAUAGAGGCUGCGGGUUUACUCUUUCUUUUCACGCAAGCAAUACAAUAGGAGUAUUUUACAACUGGGAACCAUAAUUUCUGGAUUAGAAACCAACAAGUUUGGGAGAUGACAGAAAAAAAAAAAAAGACAGCGAGCUUUUUUCUAUAUUAAAUAAAAAAAAAAUCUGUCUUUUUUUAUAAAGAAACAAUUAUGAUUUUGACAUCUUUUUAAAAAAUCAUCAGCCAGGAUACUGGUCCUCCCUUAAGCCUUUCCUUGGUUUCAUGACCUGCUGUGCUGUUUUAUCCUGAAACGGUGAGCUCAUUUAGAAUGAGUACCGAUACUGUGAACAUACUUCUGGUGCUUUUCUUAAACAAAGACAGAGCUUGCAACCAAAUGAUUCCCACCCCUCCCGUCUCCCCCCGCCCCGCUUCAGUUCCUCCAACAUGUGAUUUCUGUCCGUGGACACUAGCAUUUUGAGGCUUAUUUUCAGGGAAUUGUAGCAGAUGAUACAAUUACAUAUACUCGUUAACUCAGUUCUGUCAAUUGUCUCCCCAAGUGCUGUUGAAGAGAAGAAAACCCUGCUGAACUGAGUGUGUUCACUGUGAUAAAGGGCAGCGAGCUUAUCUGAAGGAUGCUCUCUAAACCCAGGUGCACGGGGUGGCCCCGUGCCUAUGAAGGACUUGAGGUACCUAAUGAAGUGGACCUGUUGCUCGGAGGCGGCCGUCGGCAGAGAGCUGUGAUUCGCGUCUGCGGGCGGGUCGUGGCCGUUAAGACUGUAGGAAAAUCAGCGCCGCGCUCUGCUGAGACCAUGCCUCACUUAGCCACAUCCCCGAGCUCUGUGCAGCUGCACCAAGAGGAGUCCUGGCUCCCCCCCAGCCUUGGGGGAAGCAGGAAAAAGGGGUUUUUCCUCAGCAGAGGAGACGGCCCCUCUACUUGCGAUUGAGGUGGUCUUGCACCAAACAUCGCUCUUCAGAGUUUCCUCCAAUAUUUGCUCCCUGAAACCAGGGCAGGACUUGGCUGCCUUCCCAGGAACCUGCAUCUUUAUUUUAUUUAUUUAACCUGGAGGCUUUUUCUUUUUUUUUUUCCCCUCCUGCUCUCUCACUGGGCGCAUUGAUCACAAGACAUCUCUCCACUCUUUGCCACAUCCUUCCCUACCACCACAGUCAGCCCUCGGCCUUGGGAGGGAAAAUUAAAUGGUUCCCCUAGAAAGGGGAUGUGGUGGCGAGGAGAGGCCAGGCGGGAGUCCUCUGGGCUAGAAGCAUUCGCUCACAGCCCCUGCGACAAGAGUUACUUGCGUGUGUCAGUGCAGGACAGCCAAACUUUCCAUCCAGCAGAGUUUUUCUCUUCCAGAAAUUAUGGACGCUCGUAGCCAGCAGCACACACUCAGUGCUGUGGUAACACGAGUGCGGUGCAGUUUACUUGCCUCUGUUAUUUCAUUUGCAUGCUACCAAGCUUAGGUGUUUAUAAGUAUACGCCAGUAAUACAUAUCUAUCUAUAUAUAACUAUUAUCAAAUGCAACAAAAGAGCACUAUUGCAGAGUUAACUUUGUCUCCACAAAAGAAGCGCUCAGAUCCUUUCCCGUGGCAAAGACUGGUUUUAAUGAAACUGUGUAUUGAGAAAUAGUUAAGCAUUAGCAUUUGUGAUUAUAAUCACUUUGGGGUUACAGUGCAGGUUUUCUGAACAAUUCGUUUUAAAAGCUGCCAGUUUGGGCUUCAUCUUGCUCCGUACUGACAUUAUCUGAAGGAAAAUACAGUAGCAUUGACAUGUUUGGCAACCAAAAGGCGGCAUCCUUGUCAUGACUUAUCAACCAGUUUCAACAAUACCUGGCUUUCUGUAUGUUAACCACUUAAAUGUUAUCCUGCUUCUGUUUUAUAGUGACUGUGAGGCCUACAAUGCAAGUAUAUAAUUAUUUUCUCAUUAAAACAGAAACCUGUGUUGUGUUUCUAUA